AUGUCUCGAUUUGAAAUAUAUUCGCCAGAAGGUCUGCGGGCAGAUGGACGGCGUUGGAACGAACUCAGACACAUCAAAUGUGGGAUAAAUACGCACUCUAAAAGCGCAGAUGGUAGUGCGGUUGUAGAGAUGGGCGCUUCGAAGGUUGUGUGCAUUGUCCAAGGCCCUCAGGAGCCUGAAACACGAAGCCGGGUUCGUGAAAAGGCUACCCUUAGUGUAAGCGUCACAGUCGCUCCAUUCUCAACAACUGAGCGAUCAAAACAUGUCACUAAUGAUCGCAGAUUGCAGGAGAUGUCUGCAAACCUGCAAAACCUGUUUGAAGAAGCAGUUCUUACCCACUUACAUCCCCGCACAGAAAUCGUAUGCUCGCUCACUGUAAUUGCUCAGGACGGCGGGCUUCUAUCGUGCUGUAUUAAUGCAAUGACCUUGGCUCUUAUUGACGCCGGGUUACCCAUGUACGAAUACGUUAGUGCCUGCAGCGUUGCUUUGUUUGAUCAAACACCAUUGCUAGAUCCCAACAACGUUGAAGAGACAGAACUGGCCAGCGUCACCGUCGGCAUUGUUGGCGAGACAGACAAAAUCUCACUACUCAUUCUCGAACGCAGACUGGGUCUGGAUAGACUGCCUCCGGCCCUCGAGCUCGGCGUAGAGGGAUGUAAAGUACUACGACAGGUUAUGGACAAGGAAGUGCGCAGGCACGGAGCAAUGCGUCUUGCUUCACGAGCUGAGUAG